AGCAGACUAAGUUACCUCAGCAGACAACCAAACAUCUCCUUCGGCAUCCUCUCAACAAAGAGCAAAUGUGUCCUUGUACACAUAGACUGCACCUGUUUGAGCAGCGCCGAUGGUAGACACAUGCUGCCGCACAACCGGACAGAUUGUAGAUGACCGCUUCUCCUGCUGUCACCCAGCCCGCUUCCACGGGAUCUGCCUCAGACCAUGGAGCACUGCAAGUAGAGCAGCAUCCAUCUGUCCCAGGGAUGAGGAGCCAGGAUCCCUCAACAACCCGCGACGGGCUGCUUUCUGGAAAGAAGUCACUCGCUCCCAUUGCACGUGCAGCUAGCUGCAUGAAAGAAAAGUCGGGCGGCAGCCUUGUCUUGGAGAUGGGAAGGUGAGUGGCAUGUGCUGCCUGUUCCGAAGCCACUGACUCGGCGAGCAGAUUGAGGCCUUCAAAGAUUUCCCCAAGAUCAGCAUCCUCACCAUCCCUCUCUUCCACCCAGCUCCGCACGUGAUCGCAGUGUGCGCAGGUGAUAGACUUGCACUGGAAACACCUCAGUUGCUUGUUGCUGGGUGCACCCACAAAUGCUCUUGG